AUGGAAGAAGAAAUCACGAAGCUUUUCAAGGUGCGUCGCACGGUGUUGCAGAUGCUAAGGGAUCGAGGUUACAAUAUAGAAGAAUCUGAUUUGAACAUGAAAAGAGAAGAGUUUAUUCAGAAGUUUUGUAAAGCUCCUUUGAACAAAGUGAACAAGGAAGCUCUUUUCUUCGCAGCCAAUAAAGGGCCAAAUUCAGCCGACAAGAUUUACGUUUUCUUCCCGGAAGGUCCUAAAGUGGGAGUCUCUGUGAUCAAAAACGAUGUGGCAAUGAAGAUGGGAGGCGAUAAAGUUACUCGAGGGAUCAUAAUUGUUCCAAUGCCUAUAACUGGUCCAGCCAAAAGCUAUCUAGUAGAGGUCAACAAGAUUCUAACAAUUGAAGUCUUUGAAGAAGCUGAAUUGGUGACCAACAUUACUGACCAUAAACUCAUCAACAAGUACUAUGUACUCGACGAUCAAGCUAAGAAAGAAUUACUCACAAAGUACACUGUGAAAGACACACAGCUGCCUCGUAUCCUUCUCUCUGAUCCUCUUGCAAGAUACUAUGGACUCAAGCGAGGACAAGUUGUCAAGAUCAGACGAAGCGACGCUACUUCUUUAGACUAUUACACCUACCGAUAUGCUGUUUGA